UGAACGCACCUAGGAACCGGCGUCUACUGGCACUAAAGACGACUGUCUGCGCCACCAAGAAGCUUUUUUCUAAGAGUAACACGAUGGAUGAGAGAAGUAAUAACCCUACGCUCGCCAAGUACAUGUCUCUUGAUCAAGGUGACAGCAUUCAAGCCAUGUACAUCUGGGUAGACGGAACCGGCGAGCAUCUCCGCUGCAAAACGAGAACUGUCAGCGAGGAACCAACUAAACCAGAAGAUCUUCCCAUUUGGAAUUUCGAUGGCUCCAGUACAAACCAGGCGGAAGGUUCAAACAGUGAUGUGUAUCUCCAUCCUGUAGCUUUGUUUAGAGAUCCGUUCAGGAGGGGAAAGAACAAGUUAGUUCUGUGUGAGACGCAUCGAUUUGACCACAAGCCAACCACAACAAAUACGAGAAAAAGCUGCUUUGAUGCUAUGAAUGUCGACCUUGCAAAGAAAGCCGCUCCGUGGUUUGGUAUUGAACAAGAAUACACACUGUUAGACACGGACGGCCACCCUUUAGGCUGGCCAAAGGGAGGUUUUCCAGGACCACAGGGACCCUAUUAUUGUGCUGUUGGUACAGGAAAGGUUUUUGGCCGAGAUGUUGUGGAAGCUCACUACCGAGCUUGUCUGUAUGCUGGUGUAAAGAUUGCUGGAACUAAUGCUGAAGUCAUGCCUGCACAGUGGGAAUACCAGGUGGGUCCAUGUGAAGGAAUUCAAAUGGGUGACCACCUUUGGAUGUCAAGAUUUCUGUUACAUCGUGUUGCAGAAGAUUUUGGAAUCACAGUCAGUUUUGACCCCAAACCAGUACCAGGGGACUGGAAUGGGGCAGGAGCUCACACAAACUACAGUACCAAGCCAAUGAGAGAAGAAGGAGGAAUAAAGUACAUCUAUGAGGCCAUUGAAAAGCUAUCAAGCAGACAUGAUUACCACAUUCAGAUGUAUGACCCCAAUGAAGGUGAAGAUAACAAAAGACGUUUGACUGGGCUGCACGAGACAUCAUCAAUUGAGAACUUCUCUCAUGGAGUGGCUAAUCGAGGUGCUAGUGUGCGUAUCCCUCGUCAGUGUGCUGAAGAUGGUAAAGGCUAUCUUGAAGACAGGAGACCUUCAUCAAACUGUGAUCCAUACCAGGUCACUGAAGCCAUUGUUAGAACAACAAUCUUGCUAGCAAAGGUGUAAUGAGGAAAAAAUCCUUGGUAUGAAAUAAGUUUAUUACAGCUAUCGUAAUGAUACAUUUUUAAAUUGUUAAAUGAGAAAGAGUCAGUUAUUUACACUGCAAAUUGUAUAAGCAUGCAACUAUUUAAUUAACUUUAAGAUUCCUGGUAGCUCACAAUAUUAAAUAAAUAAAAAUGUGAAUCAGAUGAACUGAAGUCGACAUGUUGAAACCUUGUGCUUUCAGUUUGUAGUUCUGUUGAUUGCGGUUUUGAUUGGUUAUCAAUUUCACACUUUCCAUGUAUGAAAUGAAGUUUUAAAACACAUGCUACAAUGAUUUGCAUACUUAAACUGUUCAUGAUUAUUUAACCUUAUUACAAACAAUGUUUAUUUAAUUGAGAACUUAAUAUAAAGUGUCCAAUAACUUUUUUAUAUUGACAUGUUACAGUUAAAUCUAGUAGUAUUAUGGUAGUUACCAGAAGGCAAUUUUUCACCAUCAAACUAAAAAAAAAAACCAAAUAUUUCUAGUAUUGUUGCAGUUACAAGAGACAAGCCAAUCAUCUCGAUAGAAAUUUUAAAAAUGUAAACAAUCAUGGUAAUUAGUUUGUGGCUUGGUUGGGUGUCAUGAUCUCUAGUGCCAUUGUUUGUAUAUCAAUAUUGGUUUUAUGAGUUAAACAGUAGUUAUUGAAUUGAUUCUUUCAAAAAGUUCUACAGUAUCAAUAGCUGUUUAACUUCUAAAUCACCAAGAGACAUUUUGCUUAUUUAGAAUUUAGCUGAAAACUAUGUAUUUUCAGUCUGUUAUAAUUUUUAUUCAUAA